AUGCUGAAGCAGAUUCAAGAAAACGAUCAACUGAAACUGGAGAAUGUUCGAUUGCAAAGUGAGUUGGCACGACUGAAAAUCGAGUUGGACAUCGUGCGAGAGGGCCGAGAAAAGUCGGAGACGCAGACAUCCAUCCUGUACGUCGAGAAUCGCGAACUUCGUGCCAGGAUUGCCGAGCUGGAGGCUCCAUCGAAAGAGACGCCGAUUCUGGACAAGAAAAAAGUGCAUUACGAGGACGAAAUCGAUGAGAUCUCUGAGAUCAAGGCCUUGUUGAAACAGGCGCAAGUUCAACACAAAAAAGACGAAGACGACGUGGAAUACAGUGAAAUCUCCGUCCGCAAUGAGCAUUCCGAAUACUGUUCCACGUGGAACAAGGACAUUUCCAUCUUGGACUCUCAUGACAACUACAUUACGCUCAAGAACAAUCACUAUGAUAAGGUGAGUGUCUUCACAGAAGCCUACAAUACCGCUGGAAUUCCAGCCCCGCUGCAUCGACGACUUUCUGUUCGUUCGCGUCGUCGACGGAGUCGAUACGGUGCCACCGACGCCUGUUCCGCUCGGAAUCAUCAUUCCGCCCGGAGAAGAGUAUACCGUAGGUGUUCGCCGGUGAUGACGUGGCAACCCUAGAUACUGUAGAUCCACGCAAACCACGCGGGAGGCCGGGAAAUCGCCGGAAAGAGUUGCAUCUUUCACAGAAUUAAGACGUUCGGACGCGGAAAAGUGACAGAGGAUCGGAUUCUGGAUGCGAACGGCCGCAUCACCGCCAAAUUCAUGUUUUACGGUUUCAAAUGA